GCAGGUACUCCUCCACCUUGGUGCAACUUGUAGUUUUAACCAGCAAGGAGCGCCCACUAACAACAUGUUCAGAUUUGCUGCACUGAAAUACGGGGUGAUCCACAAUGUGUCGGAAAGAGUUAAAAUUCAGUGUAAACCACAAAAGCGAAUCAUGAUGUUGCAUCCAUUGAAAUACAAAAAAAGACAUAUUUCUUAUAACACAAAAGUGUUAUCGCAAGAGUACUUCGCGUUACAUCUAUAGCGCUGGAAACCGGUACAAAUAGAUACUGUAAGCACACUGUACUGUCAAAAUAGAUUGAAAAGCCUGAACCCUUCCCGUUGUUACAACAGAGGUGUAUCCUCUCUCACCGUUUGCAUUGAUUUUUCUAACGUACACAUGGACAUCCGGCGGCAGCUCCAAACCCAAUCGACGGGAGCUACGCCCGAGCCAUAAACAGUGACUGACUACAAGGCAACGGGACACGCAGCGCGACCUUUUAUGCUUUGACACCACCCUCACCCAAACUACGGCAUUUCAAGCACUCCACUCAGCAGCCCACUCGUAGGCUGCUGCAGUCAGUGUGGUCCCGUCUUCCAUAGUUCACUUCACCGGUCGAUUUUCUCGGCGAUAUCCUCUGUUAAGUUUGUACAGCGUCCUGUGCCCGCUAUGUUUAGCACGUUAGCAGCAGUUGUCUACCUCUUCUGUGUCUUGAGGGCGGCGACCUCGUUGGAGAUAGACAAUUCGGACGGCGGCUACACGAAUCUUGUUGUCGCCAUCGACAAAGAUGUCCCUUACAACGAGUCUAUUAUCGAAAACAUCAAGGCAAGCAGUGCAUAUUACAUUUUACUGGCGUAUCGUCUCCUUAUUCUUUCUUUAACUUUUUAUCACAGUAUAAUGCUUUGUAAUUUAAGCGUUAUGUUCACGCCGACAUACGGUAAUAUCAAGAAGGAAGAUGAUGAAAGAUCCACUGCCUUUUUUUUUCUCUGGGUUGUCCCAAGAAGAACAUUCCCGCCUUUAACAUGCAGCUGCACAUGUCUGCACGCCUUGCGCUAUCACGUGUCACGCAUUACGCAGGCUUUGCUUCAAUCCUCGUCCGAGUUCCUGCACCGAGCUACGAAUGGGCGUGCGUACUUCAAGCACGUGGUCAUCGACAUCCCGCACACGUGGCCGGAGAGAAAGAAUGCCUGGAAAAUCCCCUGGAACAUUUUACACAGGAGUGACGUGCGCGUCGCUCUUCCUUCGUCCACCCGAGCAAACCAUCCUUUCACGAAGCAGGUUAAGCCGUGUGGUCACCGUGGCGAAUUCAUCCAGCUGUCCUCUGAAUUCCUCGCCGAACUGAACGCAUCCACCACGGCGAAGUAUGCAAAUCCAGCGUAUGUGUUUGUCCACGAGUGGGCCCACUACAGGUACGGCGUGUUCGACGAGUACGGUAGCCGAGACGAUGAUCGAAACCCGCUGACCUACUGUGACAAGGACAAGCCAAGGAACGACACAGUCGAAUCGUCUGUGAUGUUUAUGCCCUACCUGAGCAAUGUAAGUGCGUCGCGUGAUAUAAAUAUUGAAAUUACUCCACUUGGGCGGCUGCUCAAACUGAGCGUACUAAAAGCGGGACGCUCUCAAGCGAUGGUUUGCCAACUGGCGUAUACCCUCUUUUGUGGCGUCCUUUUAUUUCAUGUUCUUUUGUUAUUUUUGCAGGUCACUCACUUUUGCGAUAACAGCCAGAGAACUCGCAAGCAUAAUUCACUCGCACCAAACAAGCAAAACAAGUUUUGCAGAAGCUUGCCCGCAUGGGAUGUGAUAAGACAGAAUGAAGACUUCAGAAAGUGCGUAUAUUCACAGAUUUCAAAUCUUGACGCUACGUUCUUUUGUGCGUGCGUAUUCUUUUUUCGGUCACUCCUUCCUUUCAACAUUGAAGCCAAGUUUUUGGUGGGUGCCAGUCCGAUCUCCUCGAGGAUACGCCUGCCGGCCGGCGUGAUGGACAUCCGAGAUGAAAAGCGCCUGGACUUCCUGAAAGAAGCGGUGAAAAGGUACCUACGAAACAUACCUGACGAUACUGUGCAGCUGGCGAUAAUCUCGUUUGAAUCUACUGCUCAUCUAGCCAGUGAGCUCAAGCGCGUAAACAAAUUCACGCGUCAAGAUUUCAUCGAAGCAGUUGAUAAGCUGACACAUCUUGGCGGUACUUGCAUAAGCUGCGGCCUUGACCUCGCCCUAAAGCAGCUACGUAAAGGAAUCAAUAACUGUGGACGAGGCGCCGUCUUCAUCCUCCUGAGCGACGGUGAACACAACUCGGGCCUGUCUGUCGCCGAUGUCAAAAGUAGGCUAUUGGCAGCCAAGGUCGAGAUAACCACAAUUGCGUUGGGACGUACGGCGGACAAUCAACUUGAAGAGCUGGCCCUUGCUACAGGGGGCAAACCAUACGCGUUCCAAGACCUUCAAGGACGCACCAUCCCCAUCAUUGAGGAGGCUUUUUUGGAGGCAACCAGGGUGCAGCUGGACGAGCAUGCUCAUGUCGUAAUAACGAGAGAAGAAAUAUCUUUUGCUGGCAUGGCAAACAUCAGUUUUUUAGUGGACCCCAGUAUUGGCAGAAAUACGACGAUGCACAUCUGGCGCGUGGAACGCGACAGUGCCCUCAUCGAUGCGCGGCUCUCGUGUCCAAGUGGAUGUACGUGCGACACAUGCAGCGAAGCCAGAGUCGGGCUCAGUACGGCCAUCACUAUUCCGGACAUUGCAGAGACUGGGACGUGGACGCUACACAUGAAGAGCUCAAGUUUUAUGGAUCUCUACAUCGAAGUAAAAUCGCAAGCGAGGAAUGCGGGCGAGGCACUGAUUCGUGUCGUUUGCGAUUUGACCACGCCUUUGGUGCACGACCCGGACCUCGUGAUUUACGCUCACGUCAACAAGGGUGACAAGGUUGUCUUGUACGCCGACGUCGUUGCCGAAGUCUUGGGCCCGAACUGGCCAGGCCUAUCUACGACACGACUCCGCGAUGAUGGCUGCUACCCUGAUAUCACCGCGAACGAUGGCACGUACAGCGGCUUCUUCACUGCGUACGCGGGACGAGGACGGUAUGCCGUCAUGGUUCGUGCUCGGAAUCAUAACGAGUCAGUACUCGCUGAUCCCGUGGUGGACUCAAUGGGCAGCGCCAGCAAUACCCUGCUCCACUCGGAUGACGGAAUCGGCGAUCACUUGUCGUCAGAAUAUUUGAUUGGUGACUUCGAGCUGUUUGACUCGAGUGACGAAUCUCCUACUACGAGGAAGGCGCCCGAUGGAGAGAAGUCGGAAGCUUUCGAAAGGAUGGCCAUUGGGGGAAGCUUUCAAGUUACCGCGGACAUCCACGAGAAAGAUUUACCGCCCCUGGGCGUCUUUGAUCUCCGUGUCACCUUCCUGAUGCCAGGGAAAAACGGCACGCUUCUGGUGAAGGUCACGUGGACGUGGCCCGGAGCGCACUUGACGUCAGGAAAGGCCUCCUUUGCAGAAAUCCGCGUCGGCGCCCACUACGAAGAGCUGCUUUCGAGGUUCGACGAACAAGCUCAAAUAACAGACGCAGACGUUUUGCAUGGCAGUCUCGCGCCUUUGCCAUCCGGCGCCAAGCAAGACGUCACCGUCCGUCUACCAGCCACAUUCUCUACGUCUGGUGCGGAUGGUGAAGUCGUCUACACCGCUUUUCUGGCGGUUCGCUUCGGCAACAGCGAAGGGCUGAAAUCGAACAUUUCUAAUAUCGUUAGCGUAUACCACAGUCCUCCUUCACCGAAAACAAAUGCCGUUGGCAAAAUCGGCGGCGUAGAUAAAGAACGCGUCCUAUGGUGGAUUUGGUUGUUGGUCGCAGGCAUGAUUGUCAUCUUUAGUUUGCUAUUAGCUACAUUGGUGAUGGCUCUAAUGAAAAGGAAGCCGCACAGGCGCGACAUAUACUUCAUCUUUUCAAGGAAACGGCGACAAAGGGCACAGGAUCCGGCCCAGCACUGCGUAGAAUAAACAGUUUAUACAUGUAUGUCAGUGUUCACUUGCUCCCACUACGCACAUCCUCUUUCAGUCCUUUUGUAAGUUGGUUCCUUCUAAUACUGACUGGUAUGUUGCGAACGUGAAAAACCCAUUUUCUGUCUACAUGCCGCUGGUAGUAACGUCGUUUAGCGGUAUUCGAAACCUACUUCAUGGUAGCUUUUCAUCGUCUGUGCCGACACAACGUCCUAUAUUAAAUUAGGGUCAACUUUCUCAAAAAUCUGGCAACAAGUAAAUGAAUAAACCGCUCUCAUAAAGUACUGCCCACACCUGACAUGAUAUGCGGGGUGAAUAUGUUACGUAAUCGAUUCGCAGUUACUUUUGAGGAGCAGUCAAGGCAAUACGAUGGUACAAGGGGUCUCAAAAGGAUAUGGUAUAUACGCGUACUAUUUGAGUUUCGAGCACUGAAAUGGGUCCGAUUUUGUUGUUAAACUCUGAUUCUUAUCCGAUGUGAAUGUAUGCUGCAUCUUUGUCGACCUAAGAAUGAGAAAACAUCAACAAAUAAAGGAAACACCCAAGCAUAGAGUGCACAUGAACUGAAGCUUGCAUCUAAUUGCUCGGACUUCCACACCCUAAGGUAGCGAUACUUUUUUGCUGAUGUAUAGAUAGACUUACGCUGCUGCGCUUAUCUCCGCGGCUAUUGUAUGCGCACUUUAACACGAAAUAGCUGAUCCUGAAAGAACUAGCACGUUUGUCUUCAGCUAAGUACCACUACAGGUUUCCUUAGUUCACGCAAAACGUAUACCGACGCACUUUGCAUGCAGGAGGUCUACCGGUAGUAUGCAACAUUUCUUACUCGCUUAGAAGCCGAUCUAUAAUUGACUGGCCAAGUAGCCUGCUGUGGGGCUCUUCCAGAAUUACUGCUGCUUUGAACCUCGUGAGAGUGAGCAACAUUGUCACUGUGCAACCCUUCUUUUUUUAUGCAAAGUCUACGGUAGCAAUCCCUGUACGCGCUCUCGCGAUAGGCAUAGGAUGCCCACGUGCAAGCAAGACUUGCGUCAAAGCUCCCUAGUUAAGUAUGGUCGUGCUCGCAGUCGUCUCCGUAAUUUUCAUUGAUUCUGUAGGCAUGGAGAACGAAUAGCGCGCACAAAAACGGAAGUUGGUCAAAAACGCAGCUUGUUCAUCAUAGAAAGGUACGUAUAUAAAAGACGCCGGCGAGGGACAACACUACAGUAAAAGGACAGCCGCUAAACUUUGUCGCAAAGAAUUGGCUAAACGAUGAUACCACAGACAACAGAUACGCUGCGAUGACUCGCACGCUGAUAUUGUGAGAGCGACAGAUAGUUGAGCUAGGUAAUAGGGAUUCACGUGAGAAAAACCGUGCAGACAGGGUCACGAACACGCAACAUCUUGCUCAGCUGCGCACCGCCAUGUUCACCAGACUAUACUGCGGUGAAUAGCUUAUGCUGGGUAGGGACGCAUUCAAGCGGUGACUCUCGACUACUCAUUCCUAAUAAAGGUGAAAAGUCAUGCAUGUGCGGCAGCGCCAGCCGGCUACUACAGUUAGGGAAUAUGAAUACCUAAACCUUUCAGAAAACCUUAAAACCAGAAUAUCUAUCCUAGGAGUGAUAGAAGCUAUAAAUCCAUAUAAUUUAAAAAUAAUACAAAUAUAUUCUUAUAAUAACCGCAAUUCCUUGCCGUAUAAGCCACACACGGCGUCGUGAUGCACUUUUUUUUGUUAUUUUACUUUGUCAGAAACGUGUCUGUGUCAAGUUGUUCAGUGUAUAUAUAUUUAUUUUUCACGAAUAAACUUGUAGUUGGGAGUCAUCAUUCGUUGUGUGUACCUACCUUUCUUCGUCCUUGCCUUUCUUAAAGCUGUUGUGUCAGGCGUGAAGCAAGCAGGAACCAGUGACUCUAGCAGGAGAGGCAGGAACCAAUUGCCUCAAUGUCUAUCCCGCCCGCCGCUACAAAGCAGCUCUAAAAGGGAGCGGCGGGUCAGGACAUUAAAGCACUCUAGCAGGAACUAGCAAGAACUAAAUGGGUUUUAGCAAGAACGCGCCACUGGCGCCGCGUACGAGCGCGCUAUGGAACGGUGUCAUUUUGCGUUUGGCAACGAUCACGACAGAGGGCGACAACAGUCCCGCAUUCGACGUUCUGCUAUGUUCUGCGUCCGCUGCGUCCUUCGCUGCCAUGUCGGUUUGGCACUCGGUGAAGCCGACUCUCGGGAUUCAUUGCUAGGCGUAGGUCCUUUUGCCUCGAUUUUCGGUUUUGCUCCCUUUCCCCCAGUAUCCGGCCAUUUAUAAGGUGCUGUAGUUGCGCACCAGUUGACCGCCAUACCGUAUAUCACAAAUGAACCGUUCUCCUACGUUCUCCUUGAUUAGCCAUAUCGUUGCCGCAAUGCAAGCGUGCACUGUUAGUAUAUUGAAGAAAAACAGCUCAAAAUAGACAAGGACGAAAAGAAGACAGGUGGCGAGUUCAUGACUUCACGGUGGUGCAAUUAUUUUUUCAUGUAUAUAAACCUUGUUUCUUGAAAUAAAAACUUUGUUGGAAGUUAGCGCCCA